AGGUCCCACAUCCUGGUACUUUUCAGCGUUGUCAAGGCAGCCUCAGAGCACGGCUUGCUGGCGGAAAAGUAGCUGCAGUGUCCUGGCAAAAUAUCUGUCCAAACGUUGACUUAAAGUGUCCCGGAAAGUUAGGUGUAACUAAAAGACAGGCAGCAGACUCAGACAGGCGCCAGUCCGUGUGGACAAGAGGAGGAAGAUCUUGUCCAUUGUGCCGCUGAGAGAGACAGCGCUUCAGGAUCUGUUUACGCUCUAAUGUGGCCAUUUUCGAUUGCGUUGCCGACAGCUGCAUACUGAUGUAAUUUCUGUGAGAUUUGGUAGCUGCUCAGCAGAUCAAAUCCACCGACUGCAACAUCCUAUAGGAGAACACCAUGUAAGUUAAUGGCAGUGAGGAUUCUGGACUGAGGGGAUGAAUUUAAUUGGCAUCACAAGGCAAGAGCCAACCAGUGCUGCAUGAGAACUGAUGGGCUGUCCAUGCUGGCAAAAGCAUGCCAACUGCAAAAGGUAAAGGUAGUCCACCGCCCCACCGCUACCGGCCUGCCUCAGAAUAUGAUGAUGCCACCCUCGCCCAAAAGAGAGAAUACUGGAGAACCAAGAAACGAGAGCAGAGGGCACGACUGUCAGAGCGGAGAAGGAAGCCGACACAAGACAGUCAUGGGAAAAAGCUCCUCCGUCUAAAUGCCUCUGCAGCGGUGAAUUCCUGUGUUGCUUUCUCUCCUCCUGUGCAGAAUAAUGAUGAGUCACACAAAAGCGCCAACCUCUCUCCUGCAUCACAGACUGGAAAUACAGUGGGGGACAACUCAGUUGAAGCCACUGAAAGCCAAAAGGAGAGAUGGCUCCAGACAAUGGAACUCAACAAGGUCUUGUCUAAGUUGCCAGCAUCAUGUUCCAUCUCAGCCAAAGCUGCUGGGAGUGAUACAGCCACAGCGAAGCGCCUAACAGCAAGGGGUGCUGUGAGCAGAGCCGUUACCUCACCCACACUCAGUGGAACCCAGCUGAACACCAGUUCCUCAGUGCCUCCAGUCAGAGUGACCAGAUUUACCAAUGGCAGCUCCGCUAAAACAACACCUCAGCCAUGUGUGUCUAUGCAGGGAGCAACAGUCCCCAAAAUGCAGCAGAAGGCACAAGUUGCAUUGCGCAUCCAGUCCAAACUCCCACCCACCAAUGUCACCACAGGUAUGAUCCUUGUGUCUUCUCCAUGUGUCCCUGUUUCUGUUAAGACAGAGGGCAAAGCAGCAAACACUUCACCUCACAGUGGAAGAAAGAGUGCCUUGGUCAACUCUCAGAGGGCUAAAGGUAUUAACAACUCACAACCUUUGCUGGAGUCUGAGGAGGAGAGAGCAGCCAAGCGCAGAGAGCACUGGCGGAUUAAAAAGCGAGAGCAGAGAGCAAAGAUGGCAGCUCAAUUAGCGAAGACCAGAGAGAGGACGCAUGGCACAGAGAUGAUGUCACAGAGGCUGACGGCACAAAAAACAGGACAGAUUGGUGCCACGACACUUCAGCAUCUUCAAUCUCAGACGUUUUGGAGAGGUCAGAAGCAGUGUCCUUCUCGAGUCAGAACUUCAGUUGCAUCAACCAAAAGGGAAAGUUAUAGACUACAAAGUAGGGCAGCAAGCUUAGCUCCAGUUAACCUGCAGACAAAUCAGAAGGCUAUCACAUCUGAUGUAACUUCUGUGAAAAAGCCAAGGGAGUCACAGAGAAAGCCUCCUAGUUAUGUACAUCUUUCUAAUGUUUUCCGAGGGACUGCACGGUGUAAAACACCUAGACAGAGUUUCAUGGAAGUCCAGAGGAAUUUCAUGAUUCAAAGAAGUAUCAGAUGUAAAUCUCCAUCGCUUGCUUCAGUCUUUGGUACCAGAAAUAUCCCCAAAAUUGACCCCAAUGAUACACCUGAGCAGAUAAUAGCCAAACGGCGAGAGUACUGGAGGAUUAAAAAGCGUGAACAGCGAGCUAAGCUAUCAAUGGAAAUGAAGGCUCGGUUGAAGGAGAAGGACUCUCUGACGCGAAGAGUUAAACGCUACCAGAAAAUUCUAGAGGAAAUGAGGAGGGCUCGAGCGCUGACGCAGUCAACAGGAAGCACCCUCACACACGCCUCUGAGACCAUUGGAGGGUUUAUCAAAGAGGAUGGGACAGUCACCAUUAACAUUCCCCAGGCUCCUACAGAUCACUACACAGCACCACACAAAAGUGAAGAGGAGCUUGAAGUAGUUUGUAAUAAUCCCCCCACCACGAAACCUCAGCCUCACCCUGGUUCUAAACGGAGAAGUAUUGCUCCCAUUCGUGUAAACCAUCCCCCUCCGCUCCGCCCAGCUCAGGUGAAAGACUCUUUUCCUCUCCCUGCACAGUCCAUCAACAAGCCUCCAAGACAACUGGCAAUGAGACCAAGGUCUCAACUUGAAAGCACAACUGGUCUUAGUUCACACUCAUUAGCAAUCCAGUCUAUAGGUCAGCUUACACUUACUCAUCCUCAAACCCCUCAAAACAUUGUUUCUGGAGAAUCAACUGCAGGGCCCAACAUUGGUGGCUGUGUCAUGAAAAUGGCAGUCUCAAGUAACGCACCAUCAGUGCUCUGUCUGGAUCAAGACCUGACAGAAGAGGAGAGGAUGGCAAGGAAGAGGGAGUACUGGAGAAUAAAGAAGCGUGAGCAGAGAGCAGCUCGAGCUGCUCAGCUGAAGCAGGGUGUCCUCCAAGCAAGGGCCAGUGUAGCCUUACAGAGGAGGAAGGCCCAGAGGCAGGUAGCAGCAAGCACUCUACCGCUUGGAAGGAGGUUCACUAACCAUGCAGGAAAUACGCAACCUCUCCCCAACAACAGUGUGCCUAUUACGCCACAUGCAAGUGAGAUAAAACAAGAGACUGACUCUAUGCCAGCAGCUGACCUAAAUUCUCAACCAGAACAAGCCAUCUGUCCAGAUAUCAAACCCCCAACCUCCCCAUCACCACCUCCAGCGCCUCAGCCCGAGUCUGACCCAGCUCUGAAUGCAGACAGCCAAGCUACCACACUGCUAGCCGUGGCCUCUAUGAAAAAACUCCUGGAGGAAUCACUCAGCACGGUGUCGGAGUGUAAGAGUGAGCAAACUGACAUUAAGAUAGAGUCAUCAGAAGAGGCUUUAGAGCCAGAGAUGAAGGCAAAUUUACCUCAGCUCUUUUUUGAAAAGGAUGAGGUGGCUCCUAUUGCUGCUGACUUGAUGCUGGAGAUAAAAAGCUGGCAAUCUGACACAGAUUCUUUAGUACAAGCAGGUUCACCAAGCCUUCAUCUGACGGACUCACCACAAACUAGAGAGACACCUCCAAUGCCUGCCACCUCUGAAGACGUAGUCUUGCAUUCCACCUGUGAGCACUCAUCCCAAACCCCUUCGAAUUUCAUAGUCAAUCUCACGGAAGUCUCAGAUGGCCCAUCAUCACAACGCAGAACCCAGAGGCUUCGCAACAAGAAAAUAGGCUAUCAACACUGCUGCUCUCCUGAGCCGCCAAAGCUACAUCACUUACCCAUGGGUCAACUGCAACCGCAAACACAACACUGUGAAGAACAAUGUCAGGCACAAGAACAAUGCCAAAACAACAGUUUGCCUUCAGCACAAAGACAUCUCAGUGAGGUGAUGGAACACAGUGGUUUGACCAGCCUGCAGAGGAAGAGGGAAUACUGGAAGCUGAUGAAGAGGCAGCAAAGGGCCAGGUUAAAGGAAAGGCAGACAGGAAAACAAGGAGAAUCCACCAGUCGACAUCCCCAGAAAAACAUCCAGGCCCCAGGUCUCAUUAUUAUCAACACUGUUAAUGCUGUAAAUCCUCCAGCAAAACCAGCCCUCCAGCCUAAGCCAUCUAAUGCUUCUCUUAAUGCAGUGACAAGUAUCCCCACGGUCCUGGUCGUUAGCCCUACAACUUGUAAUGCUGAACAGUCACCUGACACUCUCCAGGUCAAGUUGCCCAUCACCAGUGUUUCCUGUUCAGCCACAAGUGAGCAAAACAAAAUGAAUGCUGGGCCUUUACAGACCGAGUCCGAAUAUCUUGGAGCGCCAGAGAAUCGGCAAAAAGCCAUGCCAGGACCAGCAAAGUGGACUAUAGGAAGCACGGAUGAAGAUGCAGCUACCUGCCUCCCCACUCUUAAGCCCCCAGAUAACCCAUUGUCCAGCAUCAACCUGCAACCCAUUGAACCCCCUGUGCAAACUCUAACUUCCACUCUCAGUCCAAUAAAAAUCCCUUGUGACCAACUUAAGAACCCCACACAUCUGAUACCUCUCACCAAGAUAGCACCUCUAAGUACCUUGGGUCCACCGAAGCCCAUCCCAGGUGAGUCAGAUGAGGAUUUUCUGAAGAGGAAACGGGAGUACUGGAGGAUAAGAAAGAAGGAGCAGAGAGCCAGGAAGGCCAUUCGGGAUAAGGGAAAUAUCCCAAGUAGAGCCAACAACUUGAGGGCCAUACUGCCUGCCCAGGAUAAACAGACACAGGAUUCUGGUCAGUGGGUGAGCUCCUCUGAGGAGUCAGAACAUUUAAUAAGCACUUCAGCAGACACGGACUUGGAAUCCUUUACAUAUCCAGAAUACACAGUGCCACUAGAAGAUGAGUCAGAGCUUCUGUUCGCUGGCUAUGAGAAUAAUAAUGCCGAUGAAGGUCCUGUCUCAGACACUGUGUGGAGGAACCGCUACCUCAUGGACUAUGAUCCACUCAACCAGCUGCUGGUAUGCAUGGUGUGUGGGGAGCUGCAGUACUCACACAACCUGGAUGGAGUGAGGGCCCACAUUGAUGAGGCCCACCCAGACACCCUCAUGAUGGACCCCGGGGAGAAACAGGGAAUCCUGGAGGCCUGGGACGAGCAGGUAUCCCAGCGAGAGCGCUUCUUCACCAGCCAGCUACAACAGCACAGCAGGGCGCUGGCAGAAGCACACAACAGAAACAGAAUAAACUGAAGAUCCCGGACCAGGAGACUAAACCCACACUUUAUUUGUGUUGUUUAUUUAUUGUAAUUUUUCAUCAAAUAUUCUACUGUCUAAGAAAGUCACCUUGAAAGAGAAUGCUCUUUAGGGAACAAUUGCCCUAAAAAGCAGCUAUACCUCAUUUACUACCAGGGUUGUAAUAUGCUUUUAUGAACUCAGCAUGGAGAUUUUUACAUUGAAGCUGCCACAACUGAGAUUUUGCUGAGUUAGGUCCAGGAUGCUUUGAGCCUAUCUCCGUAAUAAAUGUGCAGAUAAAACAUAGAUGGAAAUAAUUUUCAUGUUCUUGCUGUACCUUCUAAAACUGUCAGAUAUUUUCCCAUUUGGCCAUCUUAAACCUCAACAGUGAGAGUUUCACACAGACUUAAAUUCAAGCUGAACCCUGUAAAACAGCGUUUAGAUCAUCAUAUGCCCCAGCUCGACUAAUAUUUUUUUGGUUCUCCAGCCCUAUUUGUAACCUCAGCACUCAUCACAUAGUAAUUGCCAUGCACACCUUAGAGAAACAAUCAAAUAUCUUUACUUACCUGUUAUAUAUGUAGCAGUAAGUAUAUUUGCCUUCAUCAGGUAUCUCAAAUUUUUUGUUUUAUUAGCCCCCCAAAAUAAUUUUCAACAUUUUCAUAAAACCAAUGAUUACGCCUCAUAUUUCCACAGACUGUGCUGCUCUGCUCAACUGUUUUAGCUACUGUUGGCUACAGUAGGAUGAAGUCUUGUACAGUGCAGUUUGUGAAAUAUUGAUUCAAAGUGUUUUUGCCCCAACUUGAUAUUUUAUCUGGGAAGACAUUAGGCAUCUGUAAGAUCACUACAGUAUCUUUGACAAUACAAUCUCCUGCUAGGUAAGUAAAAAAAUAUCGUUUCAUAACAGUCAUAGUUAGAGUUUACGGCUUGUUACAAUAAAAAAAAAGUGGUAUGGUGUAACUAAUAGUCAUGUCUUCUUUCAAAAUGGGUGGUUAUAGAAGCGUGGCCACUUAAUGACUUCACUCUCAAGGCUAGUCAGUAAAGUCUUAUUGCUGGAGAGCUAACUGCUAACAUUUUCGCAGUCUAGGCUAGCACUAGUUAGUCUCAGUGAUUUCACACUAUUGUUCUUCUUAUUUUCCCCUUGCAUUUUGAUCACCAUUAUACACAAUUUUGCUAAAUUAAAAGAAUAUAAAGCUUGUUAGCUUAGCUUAGUCCCCUGAAAUGUAUUUAAUUUAUUCAGAAGCUGAUGUGUACCAACAACCCCUGUCUCACAACUUUCUGCGAACCAUUGCUCUUUUCUUGAGCAGCUUAUUGGGAGAGCAAUCACUAUAUAUGUUCAACUAUGAGAGCUUCUGUCAUUUUGGACACUCCAACUGUCAUUUAGUGGUCAGGACUAUCAAGACAGCCAAUGAUGCCAAUAUGCGGGUCAGAGUGUACCAAAGCACACAUUUCCUUUGCUUCUGCAAGUGGAUCUAAUAGUCAUGCUGAUAACAUUCUAGAUCACUGAUGUAAAUACUGGUGUUACCAGGCCUUUUAUGUACGGAAUGCUGAAGUCAUGAAUGGGGAUAGCUAAACUGUUGUGUAACAGUAGUGCUAGUAGAAAAAGUCAUUAAGUAAGCAAAUAGCCAUGAGCCAUUAGUGGGAUAUAUCACUGCUUUCAAAUGGAGAAUUAAUGUACAUCAUGUGUUGAACAAUUCAACAAACCAAUCCCAGCUCUUGAAGGAUGUGUUCCCCUGGGUGUACCAUAUCAGAGCUGAAUAACAGCUGAUGCAUUUAUCUGAUAGUUACAAGAAAUUACACAUUUAAAUUUAACCCCGCUGUUCAGCCAGCUACAAGAAAAUAAACUGUGUCUCUCACACACACACACACACAGCACAAGGGUUUAUACUAGUUAAUUUAUUAAAUCUGACAGUUGCUGUCAGUUUUGUAUAAAGUUUUUUCUGCUCUAUUGGCAGGCUUGCGUUCAGGUCCAAGACUGUUCUAGACCCUUGUUAUUUACUGGAUUAUUGCAUGGUUGUCUCGAACAUUUUUUUUGUAUAAGGUACUGCGCCAUGCUGUUCUUCAAACCCUGAACCUUACAUAUACUCCUCAACAAUAACCUUUUUUUAUUGAGACAUUUUUUAUACAGUAACUUUCUCACAAUCUCCUGCAGUUCUUAUCAGCUCCGCCAUAUAAAACAUCAAACCAUCUGCAAUGUAAAUACACAGAAUACUAAAGUGUUUGAGAUGCCAAACUCUUCUUUGACUGUGCUGUUUCACAAUUUUUUGAGCAACUUUAAUAUUUAUUGCAUUUCCUCUUAUAUAAUGAUAAUUGAUAAUGCAUUAUUCAUAUCCGUAGAUAGUUCCAUGUUAGACAAAGAUUCUCAUCUGUGAGUACUGAGGAUCCAAAGGCUUUCCUGCAUGAGUAGUAAAUGGAUGAACACUUGUAUAUCAGAGAUGAACUCUGGAAUGCAUUCCCAUGCUUUUUGUAUGAUUUUCAAUAAGAGAAAAAUGCUGAAAUAAUCUUGAGCACAAAUCUGUGGAGGUCAGUCAUGCUUGGAGAAUCUGCCUGCACAGCUACAACACAGAGUAAAUAGCUUGAAGUGACCAAGCUAUUUUAUCUUCGGAGAAUGUAAUUCUGACUUAAUGACUUGUUUACCAGUUCAAAGGGAAUGUUUAAAUGCCUUUUCAGUAAUAAACCUUUUCUACCUUUGACCUUA